GACCAGGCAAGUGAACAUCAUGGACGCUUUCAUUACAUGAUCAGACCGUUUAUCCGAGACCAGGGAGGACACUCCGCUGGACAGCUUCACAUGAUGGAUUUGUAAAGUGAGGACAGGAGGACGGGACGGUCUGCCUGCCUGCGUGGGGCCGGCUGGGUGUGGAGAUGCUCUCUGUUCCUGUUGCUGCUCUGUUUUCUCCUGUCCCGUGGAUGAAACACUGACAGUGAGAAGCGGCAGCAGUCUAUUACAUAACAGCGCUGGGGGUGGGACUGUGCAGUCUGCCAGGGACCAUCUUAUCAAGUUCCUGCCGCUGCAGACUCAUCUGCAUGUGCAUGCUGUCGUGUUUACACAGGAGGCGCAGACAUAACACAUGACCAGCACUACCUCUCUGAUGAAGGGGCUGACUGCACGCAACCUUCAGCUCUUUAGGUCUGGAAUGCCAAAGGAACAGGGGCAUUUUGGGGAGCGGCCCCCCCGCAGCGCCUCAAAGUUUGCCAAGGAUAAGAGUAACAGUGCCACCCUGCGGGCAUCCCAGGGUGGCACCCACAGGGAGCAAUCUGGAGCGGGUGACAUGAGCAACCGCAUGCUGCACUGUGACUCAGAGAAGGACUCUGAAAAAGACUCCGGGUACUCAGAGGCCGGCUCUGACUCUGUGCACACUGAUUUAGACGACCAGCACAGCAGUGUGAGUGAACCGCGCAGGGAAAGCAGCAAAAGCUCGAACAACAGCAGCAACAGUGUGAACGCUGCCGGCCGCAAGAUGCCUCCUUAUGAGGAGCUCACCCCCAUUUAUGUCAUCAAAAACCUGGUGGUCAAGCCGUCUAGACCGGAGCAGCUUCUGCAAGGCCCUCUGGCGUGGGACGGAGGUUGGCACAGCCUUACCAAUGCCAAAGCGCCCACCCAGCUCUUGCUGAUCCAACAGGCAGCAAUGUCUGCCCCUUCCUCCUCCACCCUAAGUUCUUCAUCUGCUCUAGUUGCACCACAAGGUCAGGUUAAGAAAGGAGGGAGCCGCAGCAACCAGAACCACAGCAGCAAGAACCACAGCAGCAAGAACUCAUACCUGCCCAUCCUGAAUUCUUACCCUCGCAUCGCCCCACACCCCAGGAAGGAGAGCCACGAGGGCAAGGCUGCUACCUGGCUGGAGGGGGUGAAGGAGAGUGGCAGUGAAGGCCAUAGCCAGAGCAAGAGAGUGUGCAUUGAGGAAGAGAAAAGGGAGGCCGUAUCUACCACCAGCCACGUCCUGAAGCCCCAGCAGCAGCAUCAGAAAGAGGGAAGAGUCCAUUCCCAACACCAGUGCAAGGGCAGAGGGGGGCACAGCUCUUUCCCCAGCUCAUCUCACUGCCUGCCGUCCAGCCACGCCUCCUCCACCACUCAUCACAAGUCCCACCACUGCCAACGAAGCUCAGGUUCUGACAGCGUGGGCUCACCCUCCGUCUCCAGUUCCCAGACACCCUCACCCCCUUCUUCCUCUGACUCUCCCUCAUCCUCCUCUCUUCCUUCUUCAUCUCCCUCUUCCUCCACAACUCACAGCCCCUAUUGUCCGGCUCCGGACAGCUCGUCCACGCGCCACCGCCGUUUCCUCAAUACAGCAGAGAUCCUGAACCAGUCUGGCCUGCUGGCCAUAGCACUGCGCACCAAGGAGCUGCUGAAACAGAACGCUGCCACAGAGAGAGAAAUUGCCCAACUCCGGCAGCACACCCAUCUCCUGUGCCAGGUAGCCCAGGCCGGCCAGAACAGGUGCAACGAAGGCUCAUACGGCCUCGACAAACUCCUCCAGACCAUGACAGAGUCAGGCUCCUACCCCAGCUUAUACUUAAAUCAACUGAAAGUGCUCAGCAGCAGCCAGCAGCAGAACAAGACUAGACGUGAGGAAGACAGAGAGAAGGAUAACAACAAAAGAACCACUGAGACACACAGCAACCCACCAAAGGUGGUGUCUUUACACAGCAUAGAUGAUGGAACAUCACCCCCAUCCCCACUGUUUGCCCCCUCACCAGACACAGAAGAAAGAGAGCAGGCUGACAGUCCUCUGGACCUCAUGUCCACCUCCCUCUCUGUUUCUCUUUAUACAUCUGUCCCUGAGCAGGGACGCCAACAAGCAGCUGCGGACAAGGACUUGAGUGAUCUCAAUAUGUUGCCAGAGAGCUCGACGCACAGUAACUAUCUCCUCUAGCUUCCUGGGGAAGAGGACAUGAACCUUUAAUGGCUCGCAGGGUGAACCGAGCAAUUCAGGAGAGCACAUGUUUUUCUUAGAUUGUGCAACAUGUCAGUGUAAGCUGGAUAAUGGCUAAUUGAAAGGGUGGGAUGCUGAUUUUGAUUUACACAAAUUAUUGAAAGUUGAACAUGAUUGAUAUAUUUUCCUACAUUGUAGUCAGGGAUCCACUUAUUUCAGGUGUCCAUUUUUCACCUCUAUUUUUGCCUUCUGUGGACAGGCAUGUCAUUCAGGUGGUCACAUUCAUAGCUAGUGAUGGAUAUCCAAUAUGUGACAAGACGCAGUCAGACAACUGAAACAUGUUUACAGAGAAAUAGAAAACAUGAGUUGUUUAAUGCUGAUAUUACCACUCAGGUCUGCUGUGGAGAUUCUGAGCAUUUAUAGGCUAAAGCUUUUGCUUUGAAAUCCUCACUUCACAUACGGGCUGACAAGCUUUCAGUGGUUAUUGCAGUAUUUUACAUUUGCUUUGGAGCAGUCUUCACAAAUGAGUUUCAGUGUGUAAUACUGUCAAUGCAAAGAGCCAAUCUGACUUUUUUAAUUUGUCCCUUUAAACAGAAAAUGUAGCCAUACAUACCGCUGCAAAAUACUACAUCAUGUUUUUAGUCCUCAGAAUACUGACACCACAUGUCAGCACAAGUUUCAAUGCUUUUUACUAAGCAGAUUGAUCACUGAAUCAAUGCAACAUGCGUUUGUAAGCAUUUUUCCUUAUUUUAAUACCAUCAGCCUGGUGAACUGCAUGGCAGCAUAACUGCUAAUUACUUUUCUCUACUAUUGCCACAGUGGUGGGAAAAGGGAGAAAGAAAUGUCAUUUCUCUCCUUUUGAUUCCUGUUGCAUGUUGCAUAGUCUGUUAUAAUAAUGUUUGGUUUAAUAUCUGCUCUGCAGCAUUUCUGUAUUACUGCUGCUUACUGUAUUUUAGAUGAUUACAGUAAAUUUACAGAUAUUGUAAAUAUCUAAGGUUUGAUAUAUUGACUAAAUAUCAAUGAACUGAUGCAGUGUAAAAAGACUAGACUUCAUUAAUGUAUAUUGACAGUAAUACAGCAUAUUUAAUCAAUACAGUCAACAUUUAAGUCUUAUUCUACAUCACUCCGAAUGCUUCUGCAUAAGUUUAACAUUUUGUUGCUUAUUGCUGCUUGAUGAAAUGACCUCUGCUGUUUGAGUUUCGAUGAGAAUUAGUUACUGGUUAACAGAAUGUUUGGAUAAUCGCCAAGUUAUUUUCAAAUCAACAGUGAUUCAAAUUUAGUCAUAAACAUAUCAUCUGUAAUGUAGCUCAGAUAAACUCAGUGUGAGAUGUAUGAUGUAAUUUUUUAUACGUAUGGUUGGUCUGUAUCUUUUGUUUUUGCUAUGUCAGAUGUUGAGGACGUACUGUAUGUAGCAUUUAGAGUUUUGCAAAUUGUGGUGAAUUAGAGCCAAAGCAACUGUAAAAUGCUGUAGUGAAAGUGUGCGUAGCUUUCCAGGUUAGAUAUGACAGCGCCCCCUGGCAGCCUUAACCCCACACUUUAUGGGAACAGCCGAUCGAAAUUCACAAAUUAGCUGUCUUUGCAUAAUUGAAAGGAUGUGAUUGCUUUUCUUACUAUUUUUGGCUGGAAAGUCAUGAUUUUGCCACUAGCAUGUGAUUAGUCAGAUCAGAGGUCCACUGGACCUCCAUAUGUGGCUUUUUUAGAUUUGGCUCAACUGCAAAGCCUGGACCACCACAUGGCUUUUGUCGCACCUGAAUGACUGAUACGUCUAUGGAUGCAUCCACUGAUCAUCUGGUACAUGUGUGAAACUGGUAAUCAACACCUGAUCACAUGAUCUCUUGGGACGUCCUGCCUGACAGGACUGUGGAUGCAGACAUUGCAGACUGUAGUUUUACCAAACAGAUUAGUGAAUGAAUUUCUUCUGAUAAUCAUAGUCAAAUAGUUGUAUGGUCUUGCUUGGCAGUGCAUUAUUGUGGAUUUUUUCCUCAGUCAUGCUUGAAUAUCCUGAGUGUGCAUGAAAGUCAGUAUGUCUCUGUGUUAGGAAGUGUACGGAUCUGUGAUGUAUCAGCUUGAAAACAUGCAUUUGCUUACAGAGAUUUAAUUACAGAUUCUUUUUUUUUUGUUUUUUCAAGGCUGAUUGUAGGUGUGGGACACAUAACUCAUAAUUUGGUAUAUGGCAGACAAAUGGAUUCUCUUCACAUGCUCUCAAACACAACCUUAAACAAUAAAUCUGCUCUGACUCAUGAACACAA